AUGCGCGAGACACAUAGCCUAUUGGUGAUGCUGCAAGACUGGUGGGUUGCAAACUUGGCUGUGGACAAGCUGGAAAUUCCGGACAGCCUGCAUCGGUGUGACGAGGGCGAGAAUGAUUAUGGAACAGACCCGCGGGGGUACAAUUGGCUCCGGUGGGAGGAAGAUGGCGAGGCGGCGAUGUCGUAUGUGAAGUGGGAGCUCUUUUCUAAGGAUGAUUGA